AUGAACGAUAAAAGCCACAAGCACGCACACCAGGUGCAAUCGGAAACGUUGUCGCUUAUAAAGAAACAAUUCUUCAAAACUAAAUUGUGUCCAUUUCAGAAAAAUAAGAAUUACUGUCUAAACGAAUCAAAUUGCCACUAUGCACACAGCAUCGAUGAAUUAAAACCAAUGCCAGAUUUAAGAAAUACCAAAUUGUGUGAUUAUGUAAAGAAAAAAAUGCCUUGCCGAAACAUAAAUUGUAAAUUUGCACAUGAUAUUGACACACUAAAACCUAGUGUGCAUUUGGCUACCUACAAAUCCACAAUAUGUAGCUUCUGGGGAAAGGGAAAAUGUUUUAAUGGGAGUAAAUGUAGAUUUGCACACGGGACGGAAGAUAUAAAAACGAAUGAAAAUAUAGAUAUGAUUGAAUGUUCAAAUUAUAAUAAGAAAAAUAAAAAUAAAAUCAAAAGCAACAUUACUGAUUUGAAGCAAGGGACAGCUUCCACAUACUCGUUCAACACAUGUGACUAUUCAAUUAAUGCAUCUUCUGAAAAUACAAAUGUGUCUUCUUCGUAUGAUAAAGAUACAGAUAUUUUCAUGUUAAAAAGCAGCAUAACAAAUAAUGAAAAAACGAAAAGAAAAAAUAAAUCGAACAAUUUUCAUUCGAAUAACGAAGUACUUGCACAAGAUACAAAUGAAAAUUUACGCCAGGAAAUAACAGAUGCAAAUAUACAGUUUUGUGCUAGCAGAAAUAGAAAUUCAAUUAAAGAAGUUAUAAACAAAAUUGAAAACAUUGCCCUCUCUACUUUUAUAGAAAAUAACGACAAGUACACGAAAGUUAUCAAGUAUCUCCUGAAUGAAAAUAACCUCUUAAAGGAGUCCAUUAAAAAGGAGAAGGUUAACACAAUCGUGGAAGAAGAACACUCGCAGAAAAUGAGAAUGAAGCACAAUGAUGUCAUAUCAGGUGAUAUGAAAAUGGAAGGGACAAAACCGGAUAGUAUGAACAAUGACAGAAGCUACGCUAAUAGAAACUUCACCAAUAGACACUGUACCAACCAAAACAGCACCAAUCGAAAUUGCAUCAACCAAAACAGCAAUGAAACACAUUUUGGAUACACUUCCACCAUGGUAGCAGAAGAGAAAAACUCAAAAUGCAAAAUGAACAGCGACGAUCUGUCCAAAUACGUGCUUCCAGAAGUUGUUAGUAAUAAUUUCUUAUUCACAAAUGAAAAAAGGAAUCCAAAUUAUAUAAUGUCAAACUUGGACGAUGAAAUGAAGGCAGAUGACAAUCUCAAUAACAUAAUUAAAACCAUAGAUGAUAUUCUUAUAUCACAAAAUGUAGAAUCAUUUCCAAGUGUAAAUGAUACAUAUAGUCCAUACGAAUACAAAGAUGCAUUUGCGGUUAAGAAUAAUAGUGACAUGGUUAACAGAGAGUAUGAAAAUUUACUAAGCAAUUUGAAAUCAUUCGAAAGUGUAAGAAAUGCAUACCCAAAUGUUAACUCAGAAAACAUAGUAGAUAAUUCCAAACAGCUAAUUUGUGAUAUAAUCGAGCAAGAUGUCUCGGAUCAGGCAUUUGAGAAAAGUAUAUUAAAUUAUGAACCACAAGGAAGGAAGAAAAAGAAUUGCUAUGAGGAAAAGUUUGUUGGCCCAGUAUCACGACUUAUCCCCUAUGGAAUUUCCUUCAAUGGAAGUAUGGAAAAUGGAAGUAUGAACAAUGGAAGUAUGGACAAUGGAAGUAUGGACAAUGGAAGCAUGAUCAAUGCUAAGAAAAGCGUUAGAAGCACGAGUUUCACUACCCAUCUGCAAGAAUUAGAUGAACUUGGCCCCUUCAAAGAUUUCAGUCCAUUUGCUUUACACCAUAAGGAAUUCCCAAACCAGGAUUUGACGCUAAACCAGAAGCAAAAAACAACACAAAUGCAGAAAAUGAACAAAGACGAAUUAAGCAGAAAUAUUGAUAUAGACACGUGGAAAAAUGAAAUGAUUCUCUUGAGGGAUGACAAGAAAACUAGGGCCAUUGACAAUCACGAUAGUGUUGGUGAUCUCAGCAACCUUAACUAUAUGAAAAGUAACGGAAGUAAUGAUGACGUACGGGGGAUUGUGGACAACGGAUUUUCGACCAACACGCAUUCAGUGAAUGGCUUUUCGACCAACACGCAUUCAGUGAAUGGCUUUUCGACCAACGCACAUUCAAUGAAUGGAUUUUCGACCAACGUACAUUCAAGGAAUGGAUUUUCGACCAACGCACAUUCAAUGAAUGGAUUUUCAACCAACGGUUUUAUCACCAAAGCUUUUCCAAUAAAUGACAACUUCGGAGGUGUGGGGGAAGCCAACAAGCGCAGGAGUUGUGGAAAAAACCAAAUACCUCCUCACCUAAGUAACAGCAAAAAUAAGAAUAGCUCAUACAUGAACAGUUCGAACAUGGUGAACUCAAACUUGAUGCAGAAAAAACUAAGAGAUAGCACAACUAUGGUGAAAGAAAAAAAUGCAAAACUAAAUUUAAGGGAAUUCCCUGAUCUAAACGAUAAUGGAAUGAACAUGGAUAAGAGUUCCCCCUUCAUUAAUGACAAAUAUGACAUUCUAAAAAAAAUAAAAUGUUUAAUAUCAAAUGAAUUACUUUAUAAUGAGAUCAAUAAUACACAUUCUAGUAUGAAAAACAUAAAUUAUAUUAACAGUUUGAAUGAAAAUAAUUAUUUGCUUAAAAAAAAUAUUCAACUUAAUGACUCUGUACAUUCCACAUCAAAUUGCAAUACGUCUAUACCAGAUAUUCACAACCUCACAUUUCUUAAUAAUAAUAAUAUAGAGAAUAAUAACAACAGUUGGUUUGAUAAGGUGAAUAAUGGGCAUAAUGUCGGUACUAGAAAUGCUGAUCUGAAUGAUGAAAACUCAUGUGUCCUCUUAAAUAUGGAUUUUUCGAAUUAUAAAAAAGAAGGCAAUAAUGAAAAUGAUAUUUGGAACUCGAGUUCCAAUUUGAACGAAUUUGUUUAUCCAAUGAUUUCUCAUGGAUGGAUGAAUGAGAAGAAAAAUGAUGAUUUUUUUACUAUUUCUAAAUCUGUCAAUAUGAGUAGUCUCAAUUGA